AUGGUGAUGGAUGGUAAAACGAUGGAGGCUGGUGUGGUAGCAUCAAUGCCUGAUAUUCGACAAGCAUCUCAAGUAGCACGUGAUAUCUUAUUAAGUACCCAGCAUACAUUACUAGUUGGGCCACUUGCAGCAGAAUUCGCAAAGUCAAGAGGAUAUAAACCAACUUCGUUGGAUACGCUUAAAUCUCAUGAUUUAUGGCUAAAAUGGAAAAACAAUAAUUGCCACCCAAAUUUUCGUAAAUCAUCAGAUUGGAUUCCAGAUCCUAUAAUAUCAUGUAGACCAUAUAGAUGGAACGUUUCUUGUUGUGAAGUUAAUGGUUCCGUCACACACAAUAAUUUGGCUACGAUUUAA